GCUAUCGACAUGUUGGAUCUCGGACGUCACAAACAAAACUAGGGUUCUCGCGACUUGGAUGUGGCGAAAUGGAACGUGAUAUGAAGUGAAGAUCCCGUGUAAAGAGUUUUGAUCUCUACCAAUGACCCUGAUGUAUAUAAUCGACGCCGUUGACACGUGUAGAGGUUUAACUCCAGAAAAUGUCCACAAGGUGAUCCUCUGACCGAUUCACUACCUUACACUGAUUGAUGGUGGGAUCCAGUUGACUUUUCCUGGAUCGGAACUCCGGGCGGACCAAGAUUUUUGGGGUACUGUUUGUGCUGCUCUGCCAACAACAAUAGGACUCCUUUUGACUGCAGUGGUGCCCGAGUCUUCAGUACCUAUUAAUCUGUCGGACACCUUUACCAAUCGGGUCUUCCUGGUCAUAUCCUCUUCGUUGGCGCGUGGUUUGCCUGUCGCUGGAUUGACGAACUGCAUUCCGCUUUUCGCUCCUGCAGGUAUGUUCGGGUGUCCAAGAAGGACCAUAGUACCUUUGGUGCUUCUGGGCUAGGACAGCUCCAUCCAAGGGCCCACUUUCUCUCCACAGCAUCACUAUUAAAGCGUUUUCCGAGCUUGGAUCAUCAUGUUACUUGGUUGAUGGACAUAGUAUCCCUCAUGGUCAUGGUCUGCCUCCGGUGUCUAUUGUUGCAAGGGAUAGGCCGUUAGGAUUAGAUAUCGUCGCCAACUGAAGCUCCUUGAUGAUCAGUUUUCUGGUCGGUAUACUUUGAAAAUCUUGUUGAUCUGCUCAUGAUUGUAACAUCUAAACCAGGUUUAUAGAAAUCUGUCCUUCUUUCUCUUUUUGUUUCCCUUCACAGUAGCAGUGGUCAUGAUUAUGUGUAAAGAGUCAUGUUUUGACCUUUACCCCUGACUAGGAUGCAUAUUACCACCGUUAUGCUCAAGGAUUUUUGAUAAACUAAGAAUCCUGUUUUGAACUCCAUCCCUGACUCGGAUGUAUAUCAUAGAUAAAAGUAGUCCUACUCCAGAAAAUGUCCAACACGCUGAGUUAGAAUUUUCUAUAUUUUUCUCUUCAGAUGGUGUUCUUGGCCUGGUAAGAUGGAAAAAAUGCUUAUGAAAGUUUGAGCUUUUGUUUUUUACAUGAAAACAAAAGUAACAAUGAAACAUGUAGAACUAAUUGUUGUAUUAGUUAUAUAUUUUUAUUGCGGGAAACCGCAAAACAAACUAAUUAUUUUGUAUCUGAACCAACACAUAGAAAACAGGACAAAAUUAUCCGGUACCAAGGCACUUGAUUGUAUUUUACGUAUAAAUCACACCUUACUGUGGUGAUAUGUAAGAACCGCUAGCCAUGCUUGGUGGAAACCGUAACCCUAAAUCUAUAACUUGGUACUGUAAUACUUUUAAUACGUAGGGAUAGGUUGUAAACAUAACGCUCAAAUUUGCUGAAGCUGAAAAUCAAUGCGAGUAUAAUUAUAUCCGUGUUCUUACACCGAACAUGAGCAUUGAAGACAUGCAUUAGUUUAUGUCCAUCUUUUCCCCUUAUGCAGGCUUUUAUAUUGUAUACAAUAAAGACGUUACGGCUUGCAUAUAGUGAGUAUAUGUUAUAUUGAUUCAUGUGACGUGAACAGUGAAACCACACAAGUGGGGACUGAAGGAUGCGUUAAGAAUACAAUUCAAACUAGUAAUGAAUUUCCGACUGCGUUUAUGCAAUACAACUCUAUGUUUCGAUACUAUUCAAUUAUACAACUUCAAACAACGUAGCUUGAAAAUAGUUUUGUAGCACAUUUAGGUCUUUGAAUGAUGAUCUCAUUAUUAUGCUAAUGACUGUGUCAUUUUCAUCGUUUUCACGAGGAAACGAGAAGAGAUAGAGCUGAAACGCAGUUUAGACCGAUAUAUCAUCACUCGUAGAUCAUUCUGACCUUCAUUUCACCUUUGACCUAUAAACAAAAAAUGUCAUCUGCUACACUGAUUCUUAGCAUAUUUGGGUAUGUACCAAAAUAAGGUCACCCUUACCUAUAUUUUAACCAACACCAAACAGAAUGUUUGUCUAGUAUAUAUAUCGUACACAACCUCUACCUAGAGCUUAAGACAUAGGUCAUGUAUUCACGUAGGUGCGGCGGGUUUCGAUCAUUUGACCUACAUUUUGACAUUUAACUGACAUCAAAGUUUAUUGGGGCGUUAUUCCGAUGUACUACUUGUCACCGACUUCCUACUUGGGGAAUUUAAUACAAACUCAGUUAUAAAAUUGUUAGAUACGUUAGGUCUAUCAAUUUGGUUUGUUUUUGUUUAGCGUCCUAUUAACAGUCAUGGUCAUUUAGGGACGUGCAGGUUUGGGAGGUGAAGGAAAGCUAGAGUACCCGGAGAUAAACCACCGGCCUACGGUCAGUACCUGGCAACUGCCCCACGUAGGUUUCGAACUCGCAACCCAAAGAGUCAGUUAUAAUUACUGUUUAGUAUUAGUUCCUACACGAAUAGUUCAUGUCAUACGAGUCCUUGGCAUUUAACUUGUAGCUCACCUGGUCCAAUGGACUGAUGAGUUUAUGCCCGUCGUCCUUCGUCAUUCGUCAUGUUUACACUUCUAGUCAUUAACCCCUGAGCAGCUUUUAACCAAAUUGGUUAAGAUCAUAUUUAGGGAAAGGUAACCAAUUUGCAUAAACGGUGGAUCUUGCCCCAGGAGUGUUAGGUUCGGGCCAAAUCAAGGAAAUAGCAAAUUCGUAAGAUCAUUUUAAGUAAAUGCUUCAAAAUCCUACUUCUGCAGAACUGUAGAGUGCUUUCCCAUACUUACAGACCCUCUUGGCCUCUUUUUGCAUUUGGGAAUUAGAAUUCAUGUUGCAGGAUGUGUUGCUCCUAAGUUAUCCAGUUUAAUCUGUUGCAGCGGGAUCCCAUAAAACUCCCGAAAAAAACACAAUGGACUAAGAGUGACUGAAAGACAAGACUUGGCUAUAUUUGUAUUAUUAUUUCUUUAAAGCGUGAUCCGGUAUUUUUGUUCUUGGCUAUUGCUACCAUAUUUCUUUCUACAGAUUAGCACGAGAAGAGAAAGCAAUGGAACAAGACAAAAUGGCAACAGACGAAUCACAUAUGGCGGCAAAAGAAAGUCGAAAGCGGAAGGGAUACGAAUCAGACAUGGAUCCGCAGAGCUCAUCAACUGAGAUGUCAACUAGUUCCGAUGAAAAUACAGAAGCUGAUGAAUCAGACCCACCAAUAAAACGUCAAACGAAAAUGACAGAUUUCAUUGAACUACACAGGUCAUCAAAGCAAAGUUCAAGUUAUUCCGAUAUGACUGAAACACCCACAGGAGCUGAUGAAUCUGUCUCAGAAGUAAAAAUGAGUUUCUAUAAAUUAAGGUGGUACACUUUGAAGGAUCAUAAGAUUAAAGACGUGAGAAUGGUAAUUGAAUCGAAUUUUGAACCCCAAAAGAGCGGCAAAAUGGAAUUGGCUUACGAAAAACAAAUAAAUGAUUUUCACGUUGUUGCUUAUCAAAGAGAAACGAAGCGACCAGCCAGGAAACUACUACCUUCAGCUAAGCAGAAAAAAAACAUCACACAUGCUUGUCUAAUAUUCUUCUUCACUGAAGCGAUCAAUCCUAAGCAUGCUUUCUGCUUGUGUUCUGGGCAUUCCCAUUCACUGCUGAAAGGUCACAUUGAAAGUUCGUUUGUCAAAUUAAUUGCAGUACACUUCAUGGAUGGAAUGGAUAUACAUGAUGAAAAAUGCGUAUGUAUAGCAGGACCCAACAUUGAAGAGGAACGGACAUUUUCGCGAGAAAUGAAGCACACACUCUGCAAUGACCUUGAGAGGAUUACCAUAGGUCUAACAGCACAAAUUCGCGAGGGAACAGAGCUGGCGGUGCUAGUAUGUGAUGGUCAGUCUGUCUCCAUGAAAUUUGGACUGCAACAUCUAAAAAUCAACAAGAUGUUGAGUCUCGAUACAUUCUCAAAAGUUUUUAAACUUUUCAUAGAAGUAUGUCAAAACCGAGAUAGCUUUUCCAAAGACAAACUUUUAGAAAGGACGCUAAAUCAAAAGCAGUAUAUUGGAAUCCCCGAUAAAAUCAGAGAACUGGAAAAACAGCUGAUGAAAAAUGUAUGUGAAGAUAAUGGACAAUUGAAUGCUUACCUAAGUUACAAAUAUGUUCGAGAUUGGGUCAACUCUUCAGAUAUUGAACUUAAGCGCGGUGAGGAGAUUCUUCACCGGUGGACGUCAGCACCAACCUUCAGUGAUGUAAACACAAAAUGUAGAUUAUCGGAUGAUAAGAUUCGAAUCGCCUUUACAAAUAAUGAACAAACAAAGGUUGAAGGAAAACUUGAAGUGUUCAUCCAUGGUAGCACAGAACACGAAAACGAGAAGUACUACAAAGUGGCGGGAAAAUGGUAUUUGUUGUCCAGUCGAUAUCGUAGCCUGCUAAUGACCGAGAUGGCGUCCUUUCUUGAAACUAGUCUCAUCCAAGAAGAAGAAACAGGUUAUCUCCCUUUAACCUGGAAUCCCCGAUCUUCACCGGGCAUUCCCACUAUGUUCAGGUUCUUAUCUAAUCUUAAGCCUGAUCAACUUUCGAAACUGUUGCGAGAUCAAGAGGUGCAUUAUGUUUCACAAGACGGGAAGUCCUGUCUACGUAAUCUUAACUGUAAGUUUAUUGAAUCUACCAGAGUGUUUAAUGAUAUAAAACAGUGUUUACAAACACCAAAGACAAAACGAACAAAGAAAGAAACAAAAGAAGGACUGAUGCCAAAUAAAAAGAGAGCAGAUAAAGAAGAUAAAAAAGAACGUUUGAAUGUUUUAAAGAUGAUAUCAGGUCUAGAACAUGCAAUGAUGGUAUCAGAAGAAAAUGACAGGCCAAUUAGAGAUUGCAUCCAGUCUUGCUCUCUCAACAAAGAAGGAAAAGAAAACCUCAAAGAUUACAUCGAGGAAAUAAUAGGGAUUCUGCAAAAACCACGGUUCGUCAUCAAUUCAGAUGAUAAAGUCGAGCACCCUAAUGUGACAAUACAUUUAUCCCAAACUGUAUGUGACUUGAUCAAUAGCGACCAAACGAUGAACUGUACACCGGAAAUUGUAGGCGAAGAACUUACUUGCUAUCUCAGAUCUUCCUGUGAAAAAAUCGCAGAAGCUGACUACAACGAAACUUACCAAUCGAUUCCCGCAAAAGACGAUCUGCAAUUUUACAUGGUAGGAGAUCGAGUUCAGGCACCAAAAAGUCUUCCAGAGCUAUUUGAUGUUUUAUACUACAAAGGUAAAGACUCAGAGGAGCAUGCCAAACUAUACUUGUACCAUGUCAAAGAAGGAUUUGGACAAGAAACCAGGGCUGCAUGCUCGCAGAUACGGGUUUCUGCAAAUCAGCUCUGGAACGAUUUGAUGGAUUCCAAAAACACAUUACCAGCCGUCAAAAAGCUAAGAGAAUUGGCUGUUGGCUAUAAAGGUGACGAAAUUGCCAGAAUUAUGUUGAAAAAUGCUGUGCAAUACAUGACAGAAGACAGUUUUAAGGAAAUGUUCAAAAAAGCGAAAGAAAUCGUGUACGUUUAUGCGUUCAUGGAUACAGGGAAAAAAGACAACUUCCUGAACAAAUUACCGGGUAUGGUAAAGGAUAUAAAAGAAAUAAUAUCAACACCUGAGAUGCUUCGUGAACUAGAAAAUAAGAAUUACGUUCACAAAGAUGGAACUCUGGAAGACGAAUUCUUUCUUGACACACUUGAAACAUUUAUAAAACGAAUGAAUGCCGACAAAAAAUUUAGAUCGCAACACCUUAAAAACCUUCACAAACAAAUCAAAGGCCAGCUACAGCUUACCCCAUCGCUUAUAGCACAAAUAGAGUUGACUUCUCUGGCCAAGGAGUUCGCCAGGUUUCAGUGUAGUGCCCGACGGUUUUCUUUAAAAGUGUGUCAAAUUUCAACAUGCUACACAUAAACAUUCCCGUCAGAGGGUCGGACGAGGACAACCGAUUCUCUAUUUCAACCAUCCCGAUGGCUACACGAUCUGUAGCCUGCCAGCAUUUGACGAUUGAGAGCGACUUAACGUUAAGCCAGAUUGAGGUAACUUGGAAGGAAAGUGAAAGUCGUCACCAUGUGUAACGCUUAAACUAUCUCAAACGUUCUUAAACUAGUUAUCCAGUCUACGCGGAAGAUCGAUGGUUUUACAAACCAAUUCAGCAAAACACAAAUGCUGAAUACGGAACAUUGUUUUAAACCUCGAUCAUAUCAAUACCAUUUACGACACUGAACAGAAAGGAUGCUAUAAAGGCCUUAUACACAAAUAUUCAAUCCGUUUAUUAUGAUGCACCUCGCUAAUACUUUAAAUAGCUAUCCAAGUCUUCCUGCACGAGUCCUAAUCAUAGUCGCAUGACAGGAAGAGAAAUAUCGCCAUUCAGUCUAAGGACACCUGCCUGGUUGAUCUUUGAAUUCAUCAAAGGAUCGAAGUUUUAAAGGUAACGCAUUUGGGAUACCAACGUAGAACCUGAUCUCAAAACGCUUCCUUCCAUCUUCGUAAGAGAGUACAAGCCUGUCAGCCUACCUAGCUACAAACAACAGUCAUAUAAGUCUUUUAUUAUGUUUGUGUAAUUCCGCUGAAAGUUGUGCUGUCCCACUUACUGAACUGGGUGAUAUUUGUGGACACUGAUUUCUCAACAAAGGAAUAUCUUAAACUUUACUGCAAUAGUCGUUGGAGGUCAAUGCAUUGUAAAAACUGCUUGCAUAAGCAUCAUUUUGUUGUCACCUCCAUGUGAGAACGGUGAAUGUUGGUUAUUUGUCGUCCUAGUUAAGUCUUUAUAAGACUAAACUAGGACGACAAAUUUCGGUAGCAGAAAACAUGGCAUAUUUUUUUCGAUAUAGUUGUUUGUAUGUGAACAUGCUGUUUUUUUUUAAUUAUAUUACCAAGUUUAGUGUCAUUCUCUCAAGUUUAAACCUAAGUUUUAUUGUAUACUACAUUUGCAAGCGGAAGUGGCAGUCGAACCUAGGGUAUAUAUUAUGUAGCGGUCUGACCCACGUGUCGCUGCGACGUCGCACAUAUUAUAAGUUACAUUUGAAUAUAAAUAUCUAAUCAAUUUGGAGUUUAAAACAAAAGAAAUAUUAUUAUUAUUAUACAUUCAUUUUUUAAUUUUGUUGUACUGUAGUUCAUCAAUUUUUUUUGACUCUAAAAAAACUGGUGAGAAUGUAGAAAAAUUUAACUUGGCAAGUAGCUUCAAUUAGAGGGGCUUGUUGAAUUACAUGUUUGUGGUGAGAGUCACGGUGAAAUGUGAAAAUGAAGAGCAACAGGAGUGAAAUGAAAGCUAACCCUGUAAUAUAAGGGUGGCAAGUUCAUUGUAUUAUUUUAGCUAGAGAUGUAUAUACGUUGUUUGAUAUCUAGAUUGUUGUAUAUAUUGUUUAUAUAUUUUUCAUGAAAAGUAUACCUGAGGAAGGCUCCAGUGAGAACACAGGCCCCUCUGAUGUGAAGCUCCUGAAACAACUGCUGUAGGCCUAUUAUCUUGAACACUAAACAUCCCGGGAUAUCGAUUGGUCUCAACAUUAGGUAUGUCUAUUAGUGACAAGAUGUGAGCAUGGAUGUGUAUAUUAACAAUAUGGUGAAAAAUACACUUACAUCAGCAGGACAUCGGAGUGUACUUAUGGUAACACUAUGUUGAUCUGUGUGUACACAGGACAUCGAGGUGUACAUAUGUUAACAGAACAUUACAGUCUAUGUGUCGUUUCGUAUGCAGGGGCCUGGAGGACACUGCGCCGACGCCUAGAAUUAUCCCCUCCCUGCUAAUGACAGUAUAGGAUCUAACAGGCUAUGACACCUACAGUCUGAUAUAUAUGUCAGUGUUAGAGUAUUCUGGUUUACAUUUAUGAUAUUUAGAGUGUAAAGCAUGAACACCUGUGUAUAAUUUCCUUCCUCAUAUUUUUUUAAUUACCUGAGACGAAGUCCCAGUGACCUAUUUUAAGCGUCGUCAUCUGUCGUGCACAUGCACUUUAGAGACAAAAUGUAAUGCAAAUGUGUAUUUAAAAAAAAAAAACAAUUCAUCAUUUAAAUAGCGACGGAAUGAACGGAAAUAAAAGUAAACUCCGUAUCAAAAUCAAAAUCUGUGCGUUGCACCUCAUACGUCAUGAGAGGUUGAGGGUUAAUCUUUACAAUUUUUGAACACAAUUUGUUUUAUUGUUAUAUCUUACAAACUUAUCAAUUUUGAAUGCAGUUUAAUUGUUUGCACAUAUUGGCCCCGACUGACACACAGGGGCUGAUGGGCGGUCUCCAUGUACAUGUAAUCAAAGGGUCAGUGUAAUAUUUUAAAACUGAGGUGACCCUUAAGACCAAUUGGUCUCUUGUUUAGUUAAGACAAUGACAAAAUGCCAUCAAUCAAAGGGCGAUAACUUGUGUAGAAGGAAAAUAAAUCUAAGACUGACUAGUAGUAAGUAAUGUAUUUAUU